ACUUCGUCAAGAGUUGUCUCCUCGACUUCAUUAAGUAAGCGAGCGCCGACUGUCGCGACACCAGCGCCUCGUAUCGUCUGCAUCCCUUUGGACGACGGGCCUGCUGGGAUGGCGCCGCCUUGCCCAACCUUCCCUGCCGGCCACCUCUCGGGCGCGGUGCAAAUCAGUGCCGAUGGAAAAGUGCGGAAGACGGAAAAUGGGCGUCGAAUUGAUUUGGCGAGGGAUUGUGAGCUAUUCGAGCUCGUGCAGUACGAAUGCGUGGUCCGGCAUCCCGAGUUGGCCGAUAGCCCGGUGCAGUGCUGGCCGGUCCAGCGCUGGUUCCGCAGCUGUCAGGACAAAAAGGGCGGUUUUAUGGCAGAAACGACAACUUGGGAAGGAACCGCAGCUCGAGCUAGCACCACAAUGCCA